GAUUGUGAGUCGUUCACAUACUUUUAGUGGAGCAAACAGUGCUGCGCAUUGCCACAGCCCCUACGUCGCCUGGCUGCUCUCCCCAGUCUCCACCAACAAUUUGGAGCGCUGUGGAUUGUGGGAAGUUGUUCUGCUUGGUCUGGUUUUGUACAGUAGGCUAGACCAGGCAGCCGAGCCCGGAGAUAGGAGACAUAUUGCCCAGCUCUGUCCUAUCUUGAGACUCGUGGGGGCAACAUGUCGAGCCGGGGGGGUAAGAAGAAGACGACGAAGACGUCGCGCUCCACCAAGGCAGGGGUCAUCUUCCCUGUGGGCCGCAUGCUGCGCUACAUCAAGAGGAGUCUCCCAAAGUACCGCAUCGGAGUCGGAGCGCCGGUCUACCUGGCCGCAGUGCUUGAGUACCUCACAGCUGAGAUUCUUGAGCUAGCAGGAAAUGCUGCACGGGACAACAAAAAGGGGCGUGUCACUCCACGGCACAUUCUUCUGGCCAUCGCCAACGACGAGGAGCUCAAUCAGCUCCUGAAAGGCGUUACCAUAGCAGCGGGCGGGGUAUUGCCCAACAUCCACCCAGAGCUGCUGGCCAAGAAGCGGGGGUCAAAGGGCAAGCUGGAGGCCGUCAUCACCCCUCCGCCCACCAAGAAGUCCAAGAUGUCCGCCAAGAAAGCAGCUGCCAAGAGGAUGGCUGGGAAGAAGGGCACGCUCAGAUCCAAGAGGCAGGCUGCGGUGAGUAAGGCAGCCAGUGCAGACAGCACCACAGAGGGAUCAACAGCCGGCAGCUUCACCGUCCUCUCCACUAAGAGCCUCUUCCUGGGACAGAAGCUGAACCUCAUUCACAGUGAGCUCAGUAACUUGGCUGGCUUUGACGUGGAGGGGGUCAUCAACCCCACCAGUGCUGACAUUGAGCUUAAAGAUGACCUAGGAAACGCUCUGGAACAGAAGGGUGGUAAGGAGCUGUCUGAGGCGUGUGCUGAGCUCCGCAAGAAGAACGGCCCCCUGGAUGUGGCCGGAGCGGUGCUGACGGCAGGCUUCGGUCUCCCCGCUAAGUUUGUGAUCCACUGCAACAGUCCGUCCUGGGGCUCCGACCGCUGUGAGGAGCUGCUGGACAAGACGGUCAAGAACUGCCUGGCGCUCGCCGACGAGAAGAAACUCAAGUCCAUCGCCUUCCCCUCCAUCGGCAGCGGCAGGAACGGCUUCCCCAAACAGACAGCGGCACAGCUCAUCCUGAAAGCCAUCUCCAGCUACUUUGUGUCUACCAUGUCCUCCUCCAUCAAGACGGUCUACUUCGUGCUGUUCGACAGCGAGAGCAUAGGCACCUACGUGCAGGAGAUGGCCAAGCUUGAGGGAAACUAAGGCCGUUUUAUAUGUUUUUUGUUUAUUUGUUUUGCAAUUUUAUGAAUUAUAUAAAUACUGUAAUAAUUUAAAUGACAAAUAUAAAAUGGUUUAUUGAAGUUUUGCUAAACAGAAUUUAUUGAGAAGCAGCCAUUGGCAGAAGGUCUGUUUUUGUUGUUUUCCACAAAACAUUUCUCAUUGCUGUUGGUCCUGGCAUAUGGUAUGCUAGUGUGGGUACCUGCAUGGGUUACCAGAUCUGCAUGAUACGUCAUAAUAGAUGAUGUGUCGCCACCUCAUUCGUCCAAAGUCGAGAGUAGAAUUCGGCUGGGUUAGAUGCGUAGCUGCUCAAGCGAUGCCUGAAAUAAACAUUUUAAUAUUUAGUGGACCCUUUCACAGCAACAGUGUCACAGUGUCCAGGUGUCCGGCCUCAUUGAUGUUAAUGAUACCUUAAUUGGUAGGGUAAACGUCUUCCUGUUUCUGUCUUUCCUGUGGACUUUUCUUUUGCUGUCUAUGGGACAGUGCUCGUCCACAGGAAGUUGAUUUACACAGCGGCCCCAUCUUGUGAAAUGGGCUAAUCGGCUGGUUUGUGUGACGUCACCUACGGUGGCAAACAAUUCUGCCUGAUUAACCCUGCUGUAAUCGCGGGAAAAUAGGCUAACUUUAGGCAGAUCAGGUACCCACACUAGCACUGUUGGUUCUAACGUAUGGUAUGCUAGCACUGUUGGUCCUAACGUAUGGUAUGCUAGCGCUGUUGGUCCUGGAGUAUGGUGUACUAGCACUGUUGGUCCUGGCGUAUGGUAUGCUAGCACUGUUGGUCCUAACAUACGGUAUGCUAGCACUGUUGGUCCUAACGUAUGGUGUACUAGCACUCUCUCAGAGCUGGCCGGAGUCCUGGCUGUGGAAAUGUCCAACUGAAUGUGGUGAAGGGUUGGUGCAAUGUUGUGAUGCACACUGAAGACAUGGCAUCAUUCUUUGUGUUUGCGGUCUCUGAAGCAGUCAUUGUGUCUUAUUUUGUAAAGUUGUUGCCAUAUACUACUGUAUAAUUAACCUUAUUCAUUCUUUAUGAGGUGGAGGAAAUGGCGUAAUGGAGACUGUAUUUCAGAUGGUUAGUAAAGUGCUUGGUUGUGACAAA